CGCGUCGUCUGUUUUGAAACGGCAGAAUCGGCGGGAAAACACCAGGACGCCAUUUUGGAUGUGAAAAAGUACGCGGCCCGAUUUUCUCAGCGGUGCCGAGGACCGCUUUCCGGAUGAAUCCGUGGCCCGAUACCGGCUUACCGGACCACAUCUGAUCGCCGGAGUGACCAGGGACCACCGUGGUACGCCAAUAAUCGAGGAGCGGACGUCGUGAGUGGAGGGCAAGUGUCGGGUCGGGGGGCAGCGUUCCCCCUGACAGGAGAGGGCGGCCAUGUUCUACGCACACUUUGUGUUGGCCAAGAAGGGCCCGCUGGCACGGAUCUGGCUAGCGGCCCACUGGGACAAGAAGCUGACCAAGGCGCACGUCUUCGAGACCAACAUUGAGAGCAGCGUCGAGGGCAUCCUACAGCCCAAGGUGAAGAUGGCGCUGCGGACGUCCGGCCACUUGCUGCUGGGCAUCGUGCGCAUCUACUCGCGUAAGGCCAAGUACCUGCUUGCCGACUGUAAUGAGGCGUUUAUCAAGAUCAAGAUGGCCUUCCGGCCGGGAGCAGUCGACCUACCUGAGGAGGGCAGGCAGGCUGCUCUCAGCACCAUCACGUUGCCUGAGGUGUUCCACGACUUCGAGGCCACCAUGCCCGACCUCAGCAACAUUGACAUGGAAGCGGCAGUGACGCUAAACCAAAGCCGCGCGGAAGACAUCACACUCAAGGAGGACUAUGGCUCUCUCAGCCUCAUAAAUGAUGACAAUUUUGGAGAUAUGGGCUUUGACGACCCCGAGAUGGCCCGUGAGGCGACCAACAUAGACGAGGCGUUCGACCAGGCCAGCCUUUUGCUGGGAGGGUCUAUGCUGGGGCGUCCCUCUGAGGCCCCACGUGGCGGCCCCUCUUCCUCUGCCGACAACGAGGCCGGCGCAUCGUCUUCGACCGCCGAGAACUCGGCUCUGGCAGCGAUGCCUGUGCCCGGCGAGUCCAUCGAGGCCGGGAGGAACGCUCGGGAAGGGGAGGCGGACCCCUUUGGAACUGCGGCUGCGUCGACCGAGGCCGAAGCAGCCGAGGGCGCCAGGGAAGGGGCAUUGCUCGAGGGCGAACCGAGUGGCUUGUUUGAGCCAGCGGGCCUCUUCGACGAUGCACCGCUCGGACACGUUCCCCUAGACACCAGUGGGUCAGACCGGGACGGCCCUCUAGGCGCUCCGGGACCCGUUCCAUCCGGUCCCGAUGCCCGGCCUGCUGACGAGAGUGAUGAUGACGACGACAUGUAUGAUAUGGGUCCUCCGUCAAUGGGUGCGCCGUCGGGGCCGUCCAGUCCCGGUAGCUCCGUGGGCGAUGCCAGGGACCUCGACGGAGGCGCCACGACGUCGGCCGCCGCCGGAGCGGCCGGUCCGUCGACCUCUUUGGCGAUGCCGGGUGUGGACGACGGCCUGCUCGAUCAGCAACAGCAGGAACAGGCCGCAAUGCCCCCGCCUCCGCAGCCGCCUUCCGCGGACUCUGCCCAGAUGGGUGGCGCCGAUGUCGGGCCCGGAGAGCAGACUACUCUGCUCAACAACGAGGACGAGAGCUUUGCCCUGGCACCGUUGGACACCACCAUAGUUCAGGGUGUGGAGAAAGCCCGCGCCAAGCGGAAGCGGAAGCUGAUCGUGGACGAGGUGAAGAACAUUUCGGGCGAGGAGAUGAAGUCCCAGCUGUCGGACACGAGCGACAUCGUGACCACGCUGGACCUGGCGCCGCCCACCAAGCGACUCAUGCACUGGAAGGAGACCGGCGGCGUGGAGAAGCUGUUCGCGCUGCCCGGCCGACCGAUCCUGUCCAAGACCCUGUCGCGCCUCUACCAGCGGCACCUGACGACGCGUGCCGUCGAGAACGAGCUGGCCGCCGGGGAGGAGCAUUUGUUGCAGCAGCUCGACGAUGAGCAGGACAACAUCGGAGAGCAGCCGCAGCAGAUGGUACAGCAUGACGAGCACAUGCAGGAGAACAGCCUGGGCCACCACACCAAGCGGCGACGCCUAGAAGAGGACCUUGUGGGUUCGCACGGUGUGGUCAACGACCAGUCGGCCCACCACUACGAUCUCGGCGCACCCGACUUCCCCCACGGCGGCCCCCCUAGCCACCUGGGCCCACCUUCCGUGGACCACUACGCGGCGAGCAUGGUCCCUCCGCCGCAGCACCAGGAGUACCAGCAGCCGCAGCCGCAGACGCCUCUGCAGGACGGUUGGCCCACGCCCGCCGACUACACGUACGCCCAGCCGCCGCACACGCCGCACACACCCGUGCCGGACUACACGACGGCGUACCAGAUGCAGCAGCAGCAACAGCAGCAAGCGGCCAUGAUGGGUCACCACCCGAUGGCAGCCCUGCACCACCCUCACCACCAGCAGCAGCUGACGCCUGCACCUCAUCUGGAAGAAGAGCACCAUCAGCAUCACCCUGUACAUCACCAGGCAGCAGCGGCACUUUUCCCAACGCUUCAACCAGACCAGCUGCAGUCUGAAUACCCAGUUCACCCGGCAACACCCGUGCCGACACCUCAGUCACCUCCGGCAGCCAUGAUGCCCCCUGCAAGCCAGAUGGGGCCACCUCCGACACCGCAGAUGAUGGCUCCACACACGCCACAGAUGCAGCAUCAGCAGGCAGCUCAGGAGGAGAGUCCAAGCAUGGACCACCCCCUAGCACCGCCAUCCGAGUUUGACGCCCUGGUGGCGUCGGGUUCCGCAUUGCACGGCUUCGGGGCACCCAUGGAGUCGACGUCGACCGAGCAGCAUCACUUAGAAGAGCCAGAGCCCCAGUCAGAGCCGCAGCCAGAGCCUCACACGUCAGCCGAAGAGCAGCAGCAGCAACAGCAGCAGCAGGACCAGUUGGCCCAGCUGGACGACGACGAUGAGGACUAUGGGCCUCCCGCGUCUGUCGGACCAGCCGAGGAGCAGCUGGCCGAUGAGACGUACGAGCAAUUUGAGGAGCGGAUACUGAACAAGCGCACCGUGCACAUGCUGCACAUGAUCCGAUCACCCCUCGAGGCGGGCCGCCAGGUGCGCUUUAGCGACAUUGCACGAGGCAGCAAUCGCAAACAGGUUGCGCAGAAGUUCUACACCUUCCUGGUGCUGAAGAAGCAGCAGGCCGUCGAGCUGCGGCAAGAGAGCGCCUUUGCCGAGCUCUACAUCGAGAAAGGACCCAAGUUCGAGCAGUCGUUGCUCUAGCCCACCAGCCCCCACCACGGCCAUCUCUUCUCGCUCCCUUCCCACCAUCCGCCACCGAGACAGCAUCUCCUCCCCCUCCUCCACUCCACUGAACACCACUGUUAUCACCAAUACGCACCCUGUUUCUAAACGAGCACUCAAGGACACGCCGAUGCUGCCUCGUGUAAAUGUCCCCACUCCCCCUACUUCGCUUCGUUCGCGGUUCUUGUGUAGUCGUCACCACCGUCAUGUGCGCGAAACAACGCCAGUGCAACCACCCAUGGACGUGGACACUUCCUCCUGCCGCCUUCCUCGGCGAGGAAAAAAAAAAACGCACCAAGAGUUCGCGCACGGUCUGCUGCGGUGUCCCAGAGCGCGCGUGUAAGCGUUGGUCGGACCGAGAGCUCUCGACUCGGCAUUGCGAGAGCACGCGCGAUGUGCAACCUGGCAGAAACAAACCAACACCCAGGCAGGAAAUUUUUAUUUGGUCGGCACAUGUCCGUCUUUUUUUUUUUUCCCCUCUUUUGUCUCUCGCGUUUGCCACCGGCAAAAUUUUAAGUUUUCCGCAGAACUUUCAUGUUUGUUUUGCGGAAUGGUGUGAGUGGCGGGGCAAAUAAGCCUGCGGUGAAUAACCUGCAGUCUGUGUUAAAAAAAAAAAAAAGGCCUCGUCAACUGUUUUUUGCUUGGCGAGAGAAGUUUCAGUCAAGUUGUUCGUUGCGGAGAUGUCAACACGUGGACUUCUGACGACGGUGGCUUUGCAUUCUUGUUGGAGGUGAAUGAUCGGGUUUUUUUCUUUCCACUUUCCUCUGCCUUGCAUGAACACGUGUGUGUGUCAUUGUCCGAUAAAAGCGCAGCAACUUGUUUCGCACUACUUUCCUCUAGCAAUUGGCGUUUGUUGCGGCCUCCCUUGCUAGCGUUUAAAAAGCAUUGCCGCCUUUGCCGGUGGACAUUGGUGUGCAUCUGCAAAUUCUUUGAGCAGACAAGUAGCUCGAGAGAAAAAAGAGGGAUAUUUUCUGCGAUUGCAUGCCGCACGGCUUUUGCUUGCCCGAGGCUUCGAGAGGGUAUGUCACACUUAUGCGGCGUUCUGGCACACAUUAGCAGGCUUUGACGGGGGGCAAAAGAAAAGAUAGGUGAGAAAAAUGUGGGGCCAUUUACCAAUCAAAGCAUUUUCUCUUUCACAUCUCCUCUGUAAACCCGGCCUAUCGACACUAAAUCACCACCAGACUAUACUUUCACUCACUCAUUUGCUGUAUGUGACUUGCAAAUUUUAAGUUGAGAGGGGAAAGGGUCUUGUAAAAAUCAGACAUUUGCAUCGAUGUCUUCGUUUGUUUGCUUGUUGCGUUUGGUUCUUGCCGCUGCACACUUCUGCAUCGUCUCAGCACGUCACUUCCCCUUCAUGGCCCCAGAAUGUGUGCUGUCUGCAAGACUGCUGGCCUGAUCGAUGAAUGACCUCAGAUUCCUAGUGUGUUCCUGUGCGGUUCUCUGGUUUUAUGUGGUCGUCACUCGGGGUUUUGUAAGCCAGUCACAAGGCAGUAUAGACUCACUGUGCUUCUUAGCUAGACAGCUUGUUAACGAUAUCCCUGUAUUACAGUUGCCAUAGUUGCCAUCCCUCACGCUUCCUCUGAAGGUUUCAUUACACAAGUUAACGUAUACGAGGGAGGAAAUACACGAUUAAAGAAAAGGCCAAAGAAAAACUGACUUGUGUAGCGCAGCCCUCGCUCUGACACUGAAAGCCAUCAAGUACAAGCUAAAACUAAAGCUUGCUGGUGGAUGUGGCAGCGGCAGUAACUGAUUAGCUUGAGCACUUGUAUGGGCUGGCUGAUGGUAGUGGUAACACUGCCCUAAAACUCUGCCAUCAGUGGUGGUCUGACUGUGCCAGUCCCACCCAAAUUCGACUGCCUUGCCUUUUCUGCAACAACCAACCUCUACGUAUGCUAGGGUCCUUCUUGGGAGGGAACAGAAAGGCAGAGAAGCCAGGUUAUUGCUAUUUCUGUCUUUCCAGUUUACAAUCUCGAGGGCAAAUCUGGCAUUCUAAGUUUACAGGGCUCAAUUGUGAAAUCUCCGCGUUUCUCUUUGAAGCUGCCACAGCGUCUGGGAAUGCUCGCAGCAUGUCGAAAAGUAGCAUUUUGGAUCACUUGAGGGAUUCAAGAUUGAAGCUUUCAUGGCUGCAAGUUCUGUCUUUAGAUUUUCCUUUUUUUUUUUUUGCCUCUCAUUAAUGCUUCGCUGACUGAAGGCAUUGUUAAAGUCAGCUGUUCUGCCUCUAGGAACACAAAUUGAUAUGAUACCGUUGCACUCGAGGUGCAUUUCUUCAGUGUGAGGAGUUGUACUUCAUGAUGUGGUGGAGCUCUUGGACCAGCACUGAUGUGCGACUGAUCCACGACUGAUCUGUCAACUACGGCUAGCCUGCUUUCAGCAUUCUCUUUCAUGUCUCUACCGUCGGUAUUUUCGCGGUAUUUGAAUUGUCUAAUUGAAAACCCUUUCUUUUACUCGAUCGUGCUGUUUAUAGGUUUGAAUCGUGAGUUGUCCCCCCUGCUUAGUGCAACUUCGGUUUUUCUUUAAGGUUCUGCCACUAACGGCCAUUUUAAACCAAAAUGAAAGUGCUUUUGCUCCACACUUUGUUUUCUAAGUGCUUCGCUAUGACAUCCCCAUAAAACAAAGCAACUAUAUAUUUGGUCUAGUCGCAAGCAUGCGUUUUUACGUCUUUAUAUGCACGGAUAUUUUUGUUCCGAGAUUUUGUAUAAGACAACACAAAUGGUUGCCUGUGUAAAUUGUGCCGAGUUGUCACCUGCAUUUGUUUUUGUCUUCAAAUUUAUUCUGCACGAGACUAUGCAAGCUAAGUUUAAAUCGAAUCUUUUCCAUCAUGACUUCAGCGCCACUAGGGUGAGCCCUCAAGUUAUAUAAAAGCGACUCGCCAAAGUUUGCAAAAGUGCGAGGAGUCUCAAUUGCGCAACCGACGGAAAUAAAAAAAAAAAUGAGAAGGGCUGUUUGUUACGCUUUACGCUGGUCUGCAUCGUCUUUUAAACGUCGCAUCGGGAGGGAUACUUUUUAUGGCCACGCUUUUUCACCUAUGCCUCUUGUACAUUGCAAAACAUCUACAACGCAUGUAAAUGUGCGGGUUGAUAAUGAUGCGAGACUGUUAUCGUCUUUUAACGCGCGUGACAUCUCAUGCGCAGAGCUUGCCAGGUUGGAAUGUUUGGGCAUCGACGUAAUGUGUGAGUCCGGCACUUUCUUGAAAGGAUGUGAGAGGCCACGUCGUUGUGGGGGAUCGUGUGAUGCCACUGUUGGCUGCAGAGCGUGUUGAUAAUUGACGAAAGUUUUCGUGCCCCUGUAUAAGCGUCACAAAAUUGGAGAACUGUAGAACCUUCAGUUGUGUUGGAGAUGGUCAUAACACCUUCAGUUCUUGAAAAAAAUGAGAUGAAAAUAGCGGGUGCACGUAUAUCCACCGACGCCCGGUAAAAACGCCGAGUAUCAUUAUUGUUCAUCUCGUCUGUCGAGAGUUUACUGGAAUGCCUAGCACUCGUGUAUUGAACCAGCAGUUCAUUAUAUCUAAGGUUCUAAUUUAAUUGGUCGAAUGCUGGCUUACCGAAGUAUCAGCAACGUACUGCUGCUGCUUGAGCUGAAAACAGGGAGCACCACAUCAGUUAUUUGCAAUGGACAGACUGGUCUAUGGCUGUUGGAAAAGUUUUUCCAUAUUUCUCGUGUUUGCUUUUGUAGUCACGUGUACGUUGCCACUGUAGCAGUCACUUGUCCUGUUUGGGGCAUUACGACAACUCCGGCUUUGUUGUAGCUUUCUGUUUUGUCGAUCAUGGUUUCUGGCACGAUUUAUUUUACUUUCGGGUGUAUGUGGCUUGAACGAGCGUCAUUGUGUGGUCACCUCGUGCUGAUCUGACGGGUUAUGGUUGCGAUACAUAAUAUCAAGGUGAUCGAGGCGUAAGGAGGGCUGUGUGUAUGUGCGUGCCUGGUUUUUGUUGCAUUUCUAUGUGUACGAAAACUUUUUCGAGGUGUUCAUUCUUGCAAUCUCUGUCCCGAAGCAACUGUGCUCUCUUCGUAAUUGCAUGGGAGAUUUAGCGGAGAUUGAAUCUGUCGUGUUUAGAAUUUGCUGAUCGAGGUUUUCUUUAUUGAACUGUCUAAACCACGUCUCUUGCUGCGUUGAUUUGCAGUGAACUUGUGCAGUGCAUUGAUAGCAACUGUUCCUCUCCUUUCUUUUUGCAACAGUAGAGUGUUGGGUGUGAACACUUUAUAGGAAGCAGGAAAAAUGUCUGCGGUAUAUUCGACGCAUUUGUAGAUUGACACAAUUUGCCAAUGCGCCUUCUAUGUUUUCUGUAGUUAGGCUUAGAAAAGCUUCCUCCCGUUGCCAUAUCUUUUUCAGUCCGUGCUUGAGGUCAUGCGUUCCGUGUGUGUUCUGAAACAUGUAGUCUGAGUUGUCUAUGUGCAAACACUUUCCUUAUUUUAUAUUGGAGUACAUUACACGAAUUCCGAGUUGCAUGCUGUGUGCACUUAAGCUUUGGUGUGCUAUGUUUUGCAAAUUUGCAAAAAAAAACAACAUUGUGGCAAAGGGGGUAUGGGCCAUCACUGCAUGUGCGCUUUUGACUGUUGGCAGAUUGUUUUAGUCUAUCAUCGGACCCAGUCAAGAGGGUACAAAAUGAGUGCAGCACGGGGUUGUGGUUUGAGGAAACCUGUAACAUGGCUUGGAAGAGGUGAUAACCAAUUUCUCUGUCAUAAGCAACUGUUUCCAGUUGGAAAAAAAAAAAGUCUGUUAAAAACUUCUUUUUUAUGACAUUAUUUGAAGCCGUAGCAAAGACGCGUGUGGUGCUUUCUUCUUUGUAUCGUUAGUUGGGUGAUGCCGGGAAGGUGUUGUCACAUAUGCGCUCCAAGAAGGGGUGUGUUCGUAGCUCCGCAGAGCACUUGGCGCGUGACGAGACAUUCUCAGUACUCUGGAAAGGUGCGCUCGCUUUUGUGUGCGUUUUUUUUUUUCAAUUAAAACGUUACGCUAUGUGUUUACGUGCCGCCAAAACUCGCGAGUAUUGAUGUAUCAAGGCUUGAAGCUGCGAGAAGAAAGACUCGCCGUGGAGUAUAGGUGGGAGGGUCGUUUUAUGAGAGACACUCGUUACUCAUUGUGACAGCGGGCAUUGGCUGUCAGGUGUACAUUUCAGCAAGUGGCAGUGCGGGUUUAUGCAUGCCCGCCGUCGCUAAUGAAGGCAGGAUCAGUCCAGUGUAAAUAAUUCAUAAAGCACACACACACACAUGACAACAGAUGUCAAAGAAGUGUUUGGUCGUGGCAAUGUGCAACUCUCGGCUAAUCUUGACGAGUUUGAUUGGUGGGACGGGCUUAUUUUGGAGAGGUAGGUUUCCAAAAAAAAAAGAAAGAAAGGCGAUGGUGCUCUGCGUUAGUUUGCAACACCCGUGCUCUUUCCUCAGCCGAGACUCGCACAUUGCCACAAAAAAUGUACAUGCGUCUUUCUUUUUGUUGUUGAAAAGCAUAAGUUGUGUUGCCAACUUCAGCAAAGAAGAAAGAAGUUCUUGCAUUCAUUGUCUAAAAGAAAAUAUCAGAUUAGUGUAAUCAUAUUGUUUUCUUCUUUUUGUAUGAAAUAAAAGAAAUAUAUUGUGAAUAUGCCAUCCACA